AUGGACAGCUUUAUCUUCUUGGCCUCUGUCGUCAUUCACGGUCUGGGUGCGUUAUUGCAAUCUUUAUUCUCAAAGCAGAAGCGAGGUUCCCAACGGAGCUACCUCAGAAUCGGAGCACUUGCCGUCAAUAUUGCCCUGAUUGGCGUGAGUACUGUGGCUUGUACGAGCUUGGUAAAAACUAGUCUCGACUUCACCUAUACAAGGAGAGUCUUUGCGUCGUUCAUCGGCGUAAUUAUUGGCGCAGCAAUCUCAGUUAUUUUGACACCCUUUUACUAUCCCUCCGUAUUACAAGCGGUAUAUGAGCUAGUAUCCUGUAUUAGCUGGGCUAUACUCUUGAUCCAGGCACCGGUCCUCGAUUGGGUUUCAAUUGCCAUUCCUUCCUUGUAUCUUACCUCUUUUUUCAUCACAAUUGGCACACCCAGAACCUCGUCCUUAGCUGAAGCCCAGAACCAUCCCUUCUCACACGCUCCAUUUCUCCCAACAUUCACUCUUUCAUGGCUCGAUCCAGUUCUCCAGUUGGCCGCUUCUCGUCCUCUCUCAAUCGAUGACACCUGGCCAGUUGAUAGAAAACUGUCUGUGGGGAGCACUCAACUGCAGCCAAUCUUUCAGUCGUUUGAAUUUCGUCAUGGUGUUGCCAAAGGUUUCGACUCGGUCUUGUGGCGCAACUUCAAAGGCGGAAUGGUAUCGAGUUUUCUGCUCGCUGUUGUCAAUGUCGCCACCGCUCUCGCGCAACCCUUCUUUCUGCAAUCCUUGAUCGAGAAUGGCGACUUGUUGUCUGUUACCGGCUUAUUCUUAGCAAGUCUCAUGGCUGGAGCGACAGAGGCUCAUAUGAAGUUGCAACUUCGAAAGAUUGGUGUGCAACUUCGAUCCGCCUUGACCAGUCUUCUUUGCGACCAGUGCAUGUCGGCUACUGACGGCAAAGAAUCCGGUGCCGACCCGGCGGUUCUCAUCGAGGUCGACUGUGGUAAGGUGUUUGAUCUAGUUGAGCAAUACCACGUCCUUUGGAUGGCGGCUGUUCAGUCUGCUAUUAGCAUCGCCGCCCUCGUGCUACUCCUCGGUUGGCAAAGCGUCUUGGCUGGAGCCAUUUCUCCGUUCGUAAUGAUGCCAAUGCUAGCCUACACCACUAGCCGCAUCUCGCAACGGAUGACCGACUUUAUCGAGGCCAAGGACACAAGGGUCAGACUGAUCACCCAGGUCAUCAAGCAGAUCAAACAGAUCAAGCUCGAUGCAUUGGCAUAUUUAUUCGAGCGCAAGAUUGAUGACCAGCGAGCUACAGAACUCGAAAAAUACAAGGCCAUUGCGAAACUCAAUUCCUGCAUGGUAUUUCUGGUCUACGUCCUUCCGCCAGCCUUGAUAUCGGUGACGUUCGGGACAUCCAUCCUCCUCGGCCAUUCCUUGCCCAGCAGUGUGGUUUUCCCCGCGCUGGCCUUCUGCUUCAAUAUUACGAGGUCAGUAUCCCUUCUGCCGCGGCUCGUGAUGCUAUACUACGGGGGGCGUAUCUCGUUUGGCCGCAUCCAAGGCUUUCUAUUAGCGGCCAACGAUGAGAAGGACACGACCUCUCAGAACAUUGUGUUAAACCCGCACGAUAUCCCAAGAACAGGUUCUGUCGGUUUCAGAAUUCGGGACUGCGAGAUUGCCUUCCCAGGCUCUACCAAAACCCUCCUCCAGAUACGCAACAUCGAAGCAUCCUCUGCUUCUCUAUUGGUCAUAUCAGGACCUGUUGGAUGUGGAAAGACUACUUUGAUACGAUCCAUUAUUGGAGAGAUCAGGCCCCCCGUUGGCGACAUCGAGAUUCAAGGAAAUAUGGCCUAUGCACCUCAGAAACCUUUUCUUGUUUCUGGUACGAUAAGGGAUAAUAUCCUCUUUGGACUUCCUUUUGAUGGGCCUUUUUACAAGAAGGUCCUCGUUGCCGUCACGCUCAACUCAGACUUAGCUAGGCUACCCGCUGGAGAUGCGACGAUACUGGGCGGAACUGGUGUCGCUUUGUCUGGAGGUCAGAAGGCCCGUAUCGGGCUGGCCAGGGCCAUUUACUCCCGACGCGAAGUGAUCGUUCUAGAUGAUCCUCUCGCGGCGGUUGACGCCAAGGUGCGGUCCCAUCUCAUAAAUAGACUGUUCGGGUCUCGAGGGCUCCUCAAAGAUACACUUCAAAUUGUUACAACAUCUUCGGACGCUCUGAUGGCUCAAGCGGACAAGUUAUACGUUAUCCGGGAUGGGAUAUUGUCAGAGACGGACCCGCCAUCUCGAGCUCAUGAAGAGGACAUUGGCGAUUUUCCGGACGAGGAACUUGAAACUCGUCAAGAACUUGACAAAUUUACAUCUUCAACUUCAUCUAUAUGUUAUGGAUCGAUAAAACCAAAUGCUUCGAACCGAGCCAUGUCCCCUCGACCGGUAAAUGACGAAGAGACAGCGCCAUUGUUGUCAAGAACUCGCCCCGGAGAUCCCGCCCCAGACACGACUGAUUCACCAGUCAGGCUCGGUACCUAUCUAAGAUUCUUGAAGCUCGCCAAGCCUGGCGGCUGGCUAGUUGUUCUUAUGACGGCUGCCGCCUCCAAGCUAUUGGACAUCUUAGCGGUCUACUUUCUGAAGCUCUCAAGCCAAGAGUUCGAAAGCCAAGGACACUCGUUCAAGUUGGCUUACUACUCAGUCUGUGCCCUAGUUGGCGGGUUGUUAUCGUCAGUUUUUGUGCUUGUUGCUUACUUCCUAUGCGUUAUCCCUUCAUCUCGGUCUAUUCACGCCGAACUCACUAAGGGCAUUUUGAGAAGCAAGUUUUCUUUCUUUGAUACAACGAGUUUAGGUGAUAUCCUGAACCGCUUUACCAAUGAUAUUAAUAAGAUUGAUACAACUGUAAGCGCAGGACUGAUCGGCAUAGUUGCCCUUUGUGUCACGGCCACGGCAUCGGUGCUCAUCAUUGUCGCAGCGACACCUAUAAGUAUUCUGUAUCUAGCUCCCAUCGGUCUUGUUUACUUUGCUAUCCAAGCCUAUUACCUUCAUGCGUGUAGGCAACUGAGGCGCCUGGAAGUUCUUGCUAGAGGACCUAUUCUCAAUACCGCGAGCGAAAUGAGAGUAGGCGCUUCUGUCAUCGGGACAUUCAAUCAAGAGGCUGCUUUCAAAGAGAAAGCCAAUAACGUUAUAGACAACCACAUCCGCAUCUGGGCUCCUUUUGUUGCUUUGGACUGUUGGCUAAUGCUUCGGCUGCAGCUUCUCUCAAGUACUGACUUGAUGGAUCAAAGCAUUAUCCAGUUACUUUCCGCUGGUUUGCUCCUCUGGCUUCGUACGCCAGCAAGUACCCUGGGAUUGGUAAUGAACUUCCAGAUUCAAAUCACCUCUCAGUUCAACAAUCUGGUCCAAUUGCGCGCCAAUCUCGAGGCAGAUAUUACGUCUGCGGAGAGGGUGUGGGCUUGUGCCGCCGAAGAGCCCGAAAACCAACCCGACGACGAGAUUAGACCACCGGCAAGCUGGCCGCAGAAUGCAGCUAUCACUUUCAGCUCUUACACUGCUUCAUAUAAACCCAAUGACCAGCCCUGUUUACACAAUCUCAACUUCACCAUUCAACCGGGCGAGCACGUCGCCGUAGUCGGUCGCACCGGUGCAGGCAAGUCGUCUCUCACUCUUGCUCUACUUCGCGCCCUACAUCAUCAUCAAGGUCUCGCUGGGACCAUUGAAAUAGACGGUCUCAAUAUUUCAGACAUUGAUCUCAUGACCUUAAGAAAGCGUAUCACCAUGAUACCGCAAGAGCCUGCUUUAUUUGGCGGUACAGUUCGCAACAACUUGGACUUGGAAGGAGCACGAACCGACGAACAGUUGCGCGAGGCCCUGGAACUUUGUCAGAUGAGUCGAAUCUUCAACCUUGAACCAGACCAAGAUCCUCUGGAGUACCCGAUCUCAGAUUUUGGUGCCAACUUGUCUGGAGGGCAGAUCCAGAUUCUUGCGCUUUCACGGGCCAUUUUAGAAAAGAAUGACAUUGUUAUCAUGGAUGAAGCUACUGCGGCGAUGGACGCCCCGACAAUGGCGAUUAUCCACCGAGUGAUAAAGCAUAGAUUUCGACAUCACACCGUCAUCACAAUUACUCAUCACAUUGAGUCAGCUCUUGAACAUGAUAAGGUCCUUGUUAUGCAUGAUGGCCGUGUGACCAACUUUGCCACGCCGGGGGAGUUGUUGAAGGACAAGGACUCUAUCCUUUCUCAACUAGUAGCCGAGUCUCGUAGGACGACGCGCGCUUGA